AUGACAGUCGUGUGCCACCAGGGCCUGGUGCUAGCAGGUAGCGCCGCUUUGGCUACCAUGGGGACCCUGAUCCUGUACUCAGGGACACCCGGCAGGUACGGGAAACACAGCCAGAGCCUGUCGUCGAGAGUCCCCCUCCUGCCAGCACGCGUCGCCUGGUUCCUGCAGGAGCUUCCCUCCUUCGUCGUGUCAGUAGGGAUGCUGGCUUGGCAGCCCCGCUCCCUCUUCGGACAGCCCGGGAACCUGCUGCUGGGUCUCUUCUCCUCACAUUACUUCCACAGAACAUUUAUUUACUCCUUGCUCACCAGAGGGAGGCCUUUCCCCGUGUUAAUCUUUCUGAGAGCCACCGCCUUCUGCGUAGGAAAUGGAUUUCUUCAAGCCCACUAUCUGAUUUACUGCGCAGAAUACCCUCAGGAGUGGUACACAGAUGUCCGGUUUAGCUUGGGUAUCUUCCUAUUUAUUUUGGGAAUGGGAAUCAACAUCCAUAGUGACUGCCUGCUGCGCCAGCUUAGGAAGCCUGGAGAAGUCAUCUAUAAGAUCCCACAAGGUGGCUUGUUUACGUAUGUUUCUGGAGCCAAUUUCCUGGGUGAGAUCAUUGAAUGGAUGGGCUUUGCCUUGGCCACCUGGUCCAUUCCAGCUCUUGCAUUUGCAUUUUUCUCUCUUUGUUUCCUUGGGAUGCAAGCUUUUUACCACCACAGGUUCUACCUCCAGACGUUUAAGGAUUACCCCAAAUCUAGGAAAGCCCUUAUUCCAUUCAUCUUUUAAGGAACCCUGAUUUUAAGGAACAAAGCUUCUAUGGGGGAACCGCCCAGCUGCUGAAACGAUAAACUGUAAACUAUAACUGGGCUGUGUCUUGCUCAUACGUGUACAUAUCAUGAUGUGUGUGCUAACAGGUAUCUUUGUUAUUCCAGCUGCCUGAGGCAUACUGAGUCAUGCCUGCUUACCCUUUACUCCUGUCUGCCCAGGGAGCCCUAACCUAAUUUCCUGUUGGAGCGUCACAGAGGCCCUUCCAUGAAGACAUUUUCUCCUUAGCUAUUCCUUCUGGAAGCUUCCUCCAUUCCUCAUGUUUUUUUUUUUUUUUUUUUUUUCCCAUUGUAUGAUCUGAAAACAUGUGACUUUUUCUUACUCUGUAUCAAUUUUGGGAAGUUCUGCAGUCAAAACCCUUUGGGCUGACAUAAUGAAAAAUGAAAUCAUAACAUUUGCAGGAAAGUGGGUAGAACUGGAAAUGAUUAUAUUAAGCAACAUAACCCAACUCAGAAAGAUAAAUACUGCAUGUUUUUUCUCAUUUGCAGAUCCUAUAUUUUAAUUUAUAUGUAUAUAUGUAUCUGUUUAUAUGUGUGUAUUGGGGGGCAUGUAGUUCAUUAAAUUAGCAAGGAGAUCAUGAGAAAGGAAAAAGAGGAGAAAGAGUAGAAUAUGUGUGGCAUGAAAGCAGAGAGAGGCAGAUGCAGGGAGGAAGGGGAUCAGCAAGAGAAAUGUAGGAGAACAGAAGAGAAGAGGAGGGGAGGGGGAUUGGCAAAAAUAUAGUAUGAGCCGGGCGGUGGUGGCGCACGCCUUUAAUCCCAGCACUCGGGAGGCAGAGGCAGGCGGAUCUCUGUGAGUUCGAGGCUAGCCUGGUCUACAGCGCGAGAUCCAGGAAAGGCGCAAAGCUACACAGAGAAACCCUGUCUCGAAAAACCAAAAAAAAAAAAAAUAUAUAUAGUAUGGAUGAAACUGCCAUAAUGAAACCCAUUACUUUGUAUGCUGAUUUUGAAAUAAAUCAACCAACCAAUUAGCCAACCAGCAAAAAAAGAAUGUCUGGGCUGAGGGCAAUGCUUACAGAAGUAAUUAAAAGCAUACUUUUAUGUAUACUCACAGAGUGGCAGAGAUUUAUAUUUUUAAGUGCUGUAGACCCAGAGCAUGCCUAAAUUACUUUGUACUUAUCUGCACAAUUAUCAACAUUUCCAAGAGACAGGCUGUAGGAAAGGGUUUGAGGAUGGGCACUUGGUCCCUAGGAAUGGUCAGGUGCUGCUGAUCUUCCUCUUCAUUAGUUAAUUAGGAAGAUAUGGAAAGGGAGAACUUUAAUAAUGGAAUUCCCAGCCGGGCGGUGGUGGUGCACGCCUUUAAUCCCAGCACUCGGGAGGCAGAGCCAGGCGGAUCUCUGUGAGUUCGAGGCCAGCCUGGGCUACCAAGUGAGUCCCAGGAAAGGCACAAAGCUACACAGAGAAACCCUGUCUCGAAAGACAAAACAAAAAAAAAACAAAACAAAAAAAUAAUGGAAUUCCCUUCUCUGACCCAUGUCCAAAUGUAUACAAGUGUCUUAGUCAGUGAACACCCUGAUCUCCCAGGAGGUUUCACAAUUCCUAUUGUGUUAUCAUUGCUUCAUCCACACCACUGGCAUGGAUUUUCUUGAUGGUUAAUUUUUUUUUUAAACAUACACAAAAAAUAUAUAGCUAUGAGUGACUCCCGAGGGAAUAAAGAAAUGUGUUACGACA